CAUCCUUUCCACUCGGGUGAACCCAGUGAAGCUAAAACACACGGUUGACCGUGUUUAUCCCCUCCGCGACAUCCUGUUCUCCGUGUGCACUUCUCGCGUGCUGAUGUGAAGGAGAUGUCGUUUCUCUUUUUGUUUUUUUUUAGGGUUUCUUCUCGGGUUGCUGCACAGCUGCUGCUUCUUUAAGAGCCACCACCCGCCCCCUCUCCUGUAUUUUUAGCUGAGCCAGCCACUUCAUUUGCUGGAUAAGACAGACAGUUGCGUACCGUAUGAUCUCACUUAAUCGUUUUAAUAAAUGACAUCAAAUAGUAUACUGCGGAUUCGCCGUGGGCCUGCGGCCAGCUGUUCCUUAGAAACCUCGCACAGGAGGAGGAGGAGGAGGGGGGACAUUUGUCCCGCCGCUGUCGGAUGCUGAAACGCGUAGUCAGUCAGCCUGUGGAUGCUUGAUGUCCAUUAUGAAACGCAGUGCUGCGCUGGCUGCACAAUAUGAGGCGCAGUUCCUCUGAGAUCAAAUGAAUUACGGGAAAUCUGUUUAGGUGCAACAUCUUCCUGCGGCGCGGACGGUUCAAAGUGGUCCAGCAUCUUCCCUCUGAGCCUCCUGCUUCCUCUUCUCUUGGACUGUGGAUAACAUAAAGCCUUCAAGACGGAGGGGGUGGUGGAGCAUCGAGGAAAAAACAGGGGCAAUAUGAGAGAGCGGGACUUCAUGCCCAAUAUGGAGAGGGGCAAACCUGCUACUUAUACGGGGGACAAAAAGGCUAAGAUGGCUGCUAAGACUAACAAGAAGUGGGUGAGACUAGCCACUGUUUUUGCAUAUGUGUUGUCUGUGUCCUUAGCAGCCAUUAUCCUGGCAAUUUACUAUAGCCUGAUCUGGAAGCCAACCAGCGCAUCCUCUUCUGCUGGGAAGCUGGUGGUGCCCACUCCGACUGCAAACAUCUCAACUAACAUCUCCACAAACGACAACAUGACAGAGUGGAACUCUACGCAAACACGGCUGUUAUCUCUCAACCAGACCAGACAGGGCACAACCCCGCACGGUCCGGCGAUUCAGUGGGGUGACAGAGCGGAGAGAGUGGCGGUUUCCCCGCGGGGUGCGGGAGCAGAAAUUGCGCACUCGCAGCAGGAGGAAGGACUCUACGCGUCUUCCCACGGUCACACGAGCGCGGAGAGGUCGGGAGCUUUGGGUACAGAGACGCAAGGGUCUUCUCAACCCCGCGUGAGCCACUACAUCCCGUCGAGCACCGCGAGGGAGUCUGUCGCUGAGGACAAGGGGGAGAGGGAGGCGCGCGGGGUGACAGAAAAGCGCGAGCCCGAAGACGCUAUCACUCUUCCUCCGACCUGAACGGUGAGCCGAGGUGGCCAUGGAAGAGACUGGUCGGGCCUAAUCCCCAUCACCACACCACCCUUAGGACCCCCCAUAUUUAAAACAGUUACCCCCCCCCAAAAAAAGGAGUGUUUUACAUCCUCAGUACCGCAGGUCGGAUAACUCACGUCUUUCAAGUGAAUUUGCAGAGCCCCGUAUGGAUACUGAACUGCACAUGUUAACAGACAUCUUGCUUUUAUUACCGAGAAAAGAGGAGAGCUCCCCCGUGGACCCUGUUCCCCCUUAACUAUGCGUUUCCUUUUUCUUUUGUUUUAGGCCAUCUGUAUGCCUUAAAUCAGUGUGUGUCUACUUUACCUCGGACAGCUUCUGAGGCCACUAACCUGCCUGCAUGUGUGCAACACUGAUAUAUAUAUAUAUAAAUAUAUAUACACACUCUUUCCUAUUCGUUUAACAAUAUAUAUGUAAUAUGGUAGAAUCUUUUUGUGUGUGUUACAUAUAUAUUGUUAAAUGAAUAGGAAAGAGGCUCCAGAGAUGCUUUUGGUUUUGCAGGACCUAAAUAUGUCUUGCAGGCAUACAGCUCCUAACAUCACUGCCAUUCUUCAGCCAGUUUAAAUCAAUACUACAUUAUUGCAUUUUUAACACAUAGGCCGUGUCUCCUUUCAUGGAUUAAACCCAGGACACCAAGUAGAAGGACCUACGUUAUUGAGUUAUGCUCAGGUAUGUGCAUAUAACCAUGUAAAUGUAUUCUGUAUUUGGUUGUGUACAUAUAAGGCAGGCAUACAUCUUUGGGCCUUGACUUAACUUUUAGCAUAAUUAGAUGAUUUUUAUUAAAGCUAUAGUAUAUAUGAUAGGAGGAACAAUAUCACAAGGUUACAAAUAAACAUCCUAAAAUGAUUCAUUUCUAUGGUUUUAUAACAGAUGUAUGUAACUAAAGAAUUAUUCACUGACAUUAUCCUGUAUGUUACCAAUAUUUUAUUUAUUUAGAGCCAUAAUGGAUACUAUAGAUUCAAAUAAAU